CACAACUCACUUCAUGCGAGGGACCCCUCCUGUUAAGGCAGCCUGUCUGGCCUGCCGUGCGUCCAAAACCCGUUGCGACGGACAAAACCCUUGCAGGCCGUGCCUGGUCAAAAGUCGCAUCUGUUCGUAUCAGCCUAGUAGACGAGGUGGUCCUCGCCGACGCGCCCGCCGCCUACUUCCGGGGCCGUCUCCGCAGCCCCCGACGGGGGUGGAUCUCUCCGAAGACUCGGGCUCCUUGGUGGACGAUCCCAGUAUUUGGAAUACCUUGGCUCUUCUCUCUCCGUACAAGAGGGCUCAGGAUGCAGACAGAGGCUCCCAAGACAGGCUGGAAGCGCUCCAUGCAGGGACUGCCUGUGAGAUUCAAGGGCCGCUCUUGCGGGUCUAUACAUCCGAACAAGAUAUACUGAACGCAUAUUACAUCUUCAUUCAUCCCUAUUUGCCGCUGUUGCCUCCGCCCGCUGAGCCCCUACGAUCAGACCACCCCCAGGUCUACCAGCCCUCGCCCGGAGAGGCGGGGACAGUGGAUCAGUCCUGUCUACCCUAUCGACCGCUCUCUUGUUUGAGCUUGGCCCUCUCCGCAGUCCUCGCCUUGAUCCCGCCCCCGCAAGAUGGAAAUCCUUCCGAUCCUUGCUGUGCGUGGCUGCGCCGGUCAUACUCCGGUCUUUUCGCGCAGUCCGCUCUGGAGAGCGCCGAGCAAGAUAUCGUGGAGCCCGACGCCGCUCGAAUCUCCUCUCGUCCUCCGACUUACAGCCAGCGUUUCCACCCCGAUCUGCCCGUUACACUCCACCCGAUCUUGACCUUGAUGGUCCUUGGCGUGUAUGACUCUUGUCAAAAUGGGAAUAUCCAUCGCAUGCGGAUGCGGAUCAACCAAGCCAUCACGACGGCGAUGGACGGUUCGCUGCAUCGGUUGGAAGAGAAUGCAUCAGAGGCUCAACGACGGGCAUGGUGGAUCGCAAUUAUUCUAGGAUAUCAGUCUUCUGCUGUUAAUUCCUCACCCCCAAUCAUCACCACCAAUGAUCCUAGAGUCACAACGCCAUACCCAGCUUUCGAACUGGGGACGAACGGCCUGGAGCCGUGGUCACUCAUUCUAAAGGCUCAUAAUGCUCAUGACUCAGUCAGCGCCCUUCUGCGCGUGAUCACUAUGCAGAGUGCUCAAUCUUCACCAGCCCCGGAUCUAAAAGAUAAGAUUGCCCGAUUAGACCAAUCCAUCUUGUCACUGGCCUCGGAGUGUGAUCUGAUUUGUACACCGAUGCAAGGCAACAGCACGGAAGGUCUUGCAGGCCGCAGCUUCGGUUUGAUUGCCUGCGCACUCAUUCACUCUGCGCGGAUCAAGCUGCACCGUUUCAGAGCCUUCUCCGACGUCCCAAUCUUCCUAGAAAAGCAUUGCGAUCUCUCCUCACUGCGGAUAGACGGCAGCGCAUCCCAGGAAUUUUCCUCCGUGACAGCCACCGAGAUCGACUCGUUCUUCCCGUUCAGCAAGGACGAGUCCUCCAUGAUCUGUCUGAAAUCGUCACUCGCCGUUGCCCGUGCCUUCAAGGAUGUACCUUCUCCAUACUCGGCCACUUCUCGGUCCACGGACCUAGACAAUGCCAGUAUGACCACGCUGGCACCCGCGCAAGACGGGUACUACGGGUCCUUGCCGUACUUCAAAUGUGCCGCAAUGCAGGCGUCCUACGUGCUGUAUAUGCUGGUGCACCGGGUCCGGGCCGCGCUGUCGUCGAGACGGCUUUCCAUCUGCUACCCGCUGUUGAACUGUCCCGAAGCGGGCACCGAAAUCCAGGAUGCACAUCGGUUGAUUGAAGAGCUGCGCAACGGCGCCCAUUCGCUGAUUCUCUCCAUGAAGCGGGAUCUGGUCUACGAGGGGAUUGCGUCGAUGGUGAACGAUCUCGAUGCGGCGUAUAUCUCUCUAUUUGGGUGAUUUUCUAGGAUCAGUCUGAGAUAAUCAUCAUGUGUAUACUUUCAC